AACAUGGUUAUUUCUCCUGACCUACAUAAAGAUGAAGAUAAGGACACAAAUAUGGUUAUUUCUCCUGGUCAACAUAAAGAUGAAGAUUCGAGUAUGGAAGUAACUCUUUCUCCUGAUCAACAUAAAGAUAAGAAUAUGAAUAUGGUUAUUUCUCCUGAUCGACAUAAAAAGGCAGAUAAGAUUUCAUACAGUGCUUCUAACCUACAUAAAAAUCAAUAUAACCUGGAUACUAUUCCUGCUAAUGAGAAAAGUGGAAAUUAUUUUAGAGAUAUAAAACAAUAUGUUUUCACAACACAGAAUCCAAAUGGCUCCGCAUCUGAAAUAUCCGUGAGAGCAACGACUGAUCUGAGAUUUGCUCUAAAAAACUAUAAACUUGGCAAUGCAAGUGCUGAAAAAACUGAAGAAAAAGAGCCCUAUCAUAAAAAUAUUCAAAAAACAACCCCAAAUCUGCCUGAAUUUUGGUCCAUGUUAGCUAAAGUUAUAAAUCAGUCAGCAUCAGAAGCCGACAAGGAUGAUUUAUAUAAACCAAUUCCAGGCUCUGAUAUAAAUGCCACCAACUACGACAAACUGUUAGAGCUACAGGAUAUCAAGCUCAAAUUAAUGUUGGGCAUCGCCUUGAUGACCCUUCUCCUUUUUGUCAUCCUCUUGGCCUUCUGUAGUGCCACCCUAUACAAACUGAAGCAGCUGAGUUAUAAAACUUGUGAGAGCCAAUACUCUAUCAACCCUGAGCUGGCCACUCUCUCUUAUUUCCAUCCAUCAGAAGGUGUAUCAGACACAUCUUUUUCUAAGAGUGCAGAGAGCAGCACAUUUUGGGGCACCACUUCUUCAGAUUUGAGAAAAUCAGGCACAAGAAGGUCAAAAUCUAAAAAUUUGACGGACAUGACUUCCACGGGCUCAGAUGAAACGGGCAUGAAUGAGGAGUCAAACUUAGUUAACAGUGAGGAAGUCGAAUAGAUAACUUUAAAUUUUUUGUUGAAAAAAAAACAAACCACACCUUUUUGUCUCAUUCUAAUGCCAUGCUUUGGGAACUGCUGAGACUUUUACAUUCUCUAGUGUUUUCAAAGAAGGACAUGUUCAAUAAAAACAAUCUCAGUUAUAGAAA